CAGGGGCACCCCUCAAAAGUUCCCACAACAUCAGUUGGGUAGAAGUCAUUACCUUUUCUCUUAAUUAAUCAGAUUUUAGAGCUUCAAGCUCAAGAUUCACUGCUUGAUUCUUUCAGGUCAAGUUUCUUUUAGUGUGUGUAUAAUUAUUUGCUUGAUAUCUUUUUGUCUUGAUGAACGUCGUGAAUAAUUUCUUAUUUGAUUUUUUACAAGACUUUUGGUGGAAGAAUAUGGAAAUCACAUGGCUAGAAUUGCGAGAACUUUAUAUGAAGCUAUGGCGAACAAUCUCAAUCUGGAUACCAAACAAUCUUACUUAUCUGAAUCCACCGGGUUCAUACGAGUCCAACGUUACCCACCUAUCUCCAAGGGAAGCCAGGGAUGGGAAGUCGGCGACCAUAAAGACAGCUUCAUGCUUACCAUACUGAAUCAAAACCAGUUGAGCGGAAUCCAAGUUCUCAAAGACGAUGAAUGGUUCUCUGUCAAACCUGUUUCCGAUGAACUAGUUGUCUCUCUAGGGCACAUGAUGCAGGCUAUGAGUGGAGAUGAAUACGUGAGCGCCAAGAACCGUGUGAAGGUGAACAGGCAGGAGGACAGAAUAAUCUCGAUCUGCUACUCUGUGUUUCCAGAACAUGAGAGUUUGAUUCAAAGUUCAAACUACAAACCUUUUACUUAUAAUGACUAUUGUGCGCAAUCACAAAGAUAUAUGGAGACAAUGGGAUUUAAAGUUGGGCUUCAAAGGUUCAAGAUUAUUGGUAAUUAAGGCUAGCUCUCUGAGCAUAUGCUAAUAAUCUCUACCCUUGUAU